AUGAGAGACAGAACCGGGUCUAUAAACCUUCGCCUAAUAAAACAGCCUGGAAAUAUGGGGAAUUCGGUUAGGAUCCGACAAAAAGCGGUACUGGGUGGGCUUAAAAACCUACCUGCUCUACCUACGAGAAGUUCAUCACUCAUAUGCACGCCACCACCCACUACGUCUUCGCCGCAUCAAAUUUCCCGAGGAAGCAUUCCAUUCUUAAUGGCUAAAUUCAGUAAUGCAAUAGUGCUUGGUUUCCACGUUGUCGGCAGGCCGGAGAAUUCUUUGUGCACUGGAUUAGAGUCGGUGUUUGUACUACAGCGUAGAAAUACCACAUUCAGCGCUACUCCAGAUCCCUUCGAAGGCAAUUGUAUCAAAUAG